AUGGAGGACACUCAGACCAAACCAGCUACCCAAGACCAAAGCCCUGCACCCAGCCCAGCUCCUAGUCCAGCACCUAGUCCAGUGCCUAGCCCGGCACCCAGCCCACUGCUGGAGAGAAUUACCUUGCCUGCAGCCAACCACGUGGAGCAUCUAAAUGUAAACCAGAUCCAGGUGGUAGUACGACGCUGCUCCACUCCAAAUGUCACAGAGGAGACCACUUAUUUUAUUCCCCGUAACCCUGUGGUAGAUGCUGGCACCAACACAGACCCACCAGUGGUCUGCUGCCCCCUACUUGCCAGAUUCUGCCCAUGCCCACCAAGAGGCCUCCUGGCUUCUCUCAUCACCAAAGUUCUUUUGGCAGCUGUGCUUUUUGGAGUCGUGUGGUCCAUCACAGAGGACGAAUGUCUUCCAGGGGGAAACCUGUUUGGCAUCACUACUCUUUUUCUCUGUGCACUUAUUGGUGGCAAACUUGUGGGACUUAUCCACCUGCCUAGUCUUCCACCAUUUCCCCCACUCCUCGGUAUGUUGGUGAUGGGUGUCCUGCUGAGAAACAUCCCAGUUGUAACAGAGGGGGUGUACAUUGACUACAGAUGGUCUGCUUCUCUCAGGAACAUUGCCCUGGCUGUUAUCCUGGCCAGGGCUGGACUGGGAUUGGAUCCAUCGGCUCUGAAGAAACUGAAGUCAGUUUGUAUACGAGUGGCCGUUGGUCCCUGCAUGAUCGAGGCUUGCACUGUAGCGCUGGUCUCUCACUUCCUCAUGGGUCUGCCCUGGGUGUGGGGCUUCAUUCUCGGCUUUGUACUGGGGGCUGUGUCUCCAGCAGUGGUGGUUCCCUCUAUGCUUCUGCUGCAGAAGGACGGUUAUGGCGUGGAGCAGGGAAUCCCCACGCUGCUGAUGGCCGCAGGCAGCUUUGAUGACAUUCUUGCCAUCACUGGCUUCACCACAUGCUUGGGCAUGGCCUUCGCCACAGGCUCCACCUGGUACAACCUGCUCAGAGGUGUACUGGAGGUGGCCGGGGGCAUGGUUGCUGGUAUUCUUCUUGGAUUCCUCAUCCAGUAUUUCCCUAGUACUGACCAGAAACACUUGGUGAUGAAGCGAUCGUUUUUGGUGCUGGGUCUGUCCAUCUUUGCUGUGUUCGGCAGUGGGGUGGCAGGUUUUCCUGGGUCUGGAGGCCUCUGCACUCUGGUGUUGGCAUUCAUUGCAGGUGUCGGCUGGGGGCGAGAAAAGGCUCGUGUGGAGGAAGUGGUGGGGUGGGUGUGGGACAUAUUUCAGCCUCUACUUUUCGGACUUAUAGGAGCAGAGAUUCGGAUCUCGCAGUUGGAGGGACACACAGUCGGCCUGGGUGUAGCAUCUCUGCUCAUUGCACUGGCAGUUCGAAUGCUGUUCACUUUCGUGUGUGUGCUGUGGGCAGGCUUUAACUUGAGAGAAAAAGUGUUCAUCGCACUAGCAUGGAUGCCCAAAGCCACUGUGCAGGCAGCUAUUGGCUCCACAGCCUUGGACAUGGCCAGGACAAGGGAGGACACAGAGCUGCAGAAGUAUGGCAUGGAUGUUCUGACUGUGGCUGUGCUGGCCAUCCUUCUCACAGCCCCUGUCGGAGCUCUUCUCAUAGGACUCACCGGCCCUCGCCUCUUGCAGAAACCGAAGAGCUCUGCCUGUGGUGAGCGAGUCAAACCCAAUUUAUCAUCAUUUUUUUUAGGUACCGCAGCAGGAGGUGAAGAUGACGAAGAAACUCCUGUCACCUAUGAAAGCACUCUCUGACAUUACCAGUCUUCAUUCAGCAAAUGAGGACAUUUAAAGAGACUUCCCAUAUGAUUUCACACCUCCAGCUUCCUUUUAGCCACCAAGUGGCCCCUCUUUGUCUCUAUCUGCUGGUCAGCUCCUGAUGUUUGCCAUCCUGCAGAAACACAGGAUUCACUCUAUUUAUAGCCUUGGGCUCCAAACAAAUGACCCACAUCCGAGUGUCUGCACGGUAUUAUCAGUGCACAACAGGUGGUUUUGUUUCUGGUCCCAGAUGGAGGAAGUAUUUAUCAUACCGUACCAUAAGGCAUGAACAGUUUACAUUUUUGUAAAGGUGGUUAUUGUUUUCUGCCUGUGGUACUUACUGAACCAGCUAUUAGUCUGUUUAUUUGUAUGGCUGAAUAAGGUACUGUCUUUGGUCUUCAAAUAGUGGUUAUACUGUAUUUUUUUUUGUUUUUUUUGUUUGUUUUUUUUUUUUUUGGGGGGGGGGGGUACCUAAUUGAAUGUACUGACAGUAGCCAUAUUGUGUUAUUUUAAACUAGUCUCCACAUUUGACAUUUAAGACUUUAGUUUUCUGCACUCAAUGCUUUAUUUUUACAUCUGUGUGUUUGUGUGUGAGAUGUUUCAUUAAAUUAUGUGUUAGCUGUGUGAUGGCAAAGGUUUGUGUAGUUUACAAAACUCAGAAGA